AUGGAUUCCCAGAAAAGGAAGCGUCUAAUAAUUUAAUAUUCUCUAAAAUUAAAAGAACUCAAAGAAGGGAGAGAUACUUCUGCCUCGAAGGGUCAACGGGCUCAGUAAAAAUCUCGAGUCUUAAAAACUGAGUCCUCCAUGUCCAUGGUUAAACAGCCACAAUAAAUAUAAAUGCCUCCAGUAGAUGAUAUAAUUUCAAAGGGAGAAUGCAAAUUGAUUUUCCUUUAAACAUAAUCCGAUGACACAGGUUUUCGAACAUUUAAUGAGAUGAUGAGGACCAAUUCAAGUUGGCUUACUCAAGCAGAUAAAUUAGCCAAUACUCUUAGCAGUCCAUUGCAAUUGAAGAAUAGACUUCAAUUCAAUCAUAGUCAAGCCUUGAAGUUCAAGAAUCGAAUUGAAUAAAAAUGGAACAUGACUGUAAAAGAAGUAGCCGAUUCGAUAAUACAAAAGCAGGAAUAGAAAGACCAAUAGAAAAUUAAAUUAGUUCAUUUAAAGAUAAAUCACACUGAUGCAGAUGACGUAGGACCGUAACAGGAGGAAUGUUCUUCCCCCUCUUUAUCACAAGAAGUGAUAACUACAAAUCUAAAGUUUUUUUGGUUUCAUAUCUCAAUAUCAGAUUGGAAACCACCAAUUCGUGAAGGAUGUACAGUAACUUACAUUCAAAAUUUGAAUAAAUGCAUAAUGUAUGGUGGAAUAGGAAACGAUUUAUUCAAAACUUUUGUAACUCUGAACACACAAUCAUGGGUAUGGAAGGACAUAGGAACUGGAGUUGGGGAUGUUCCAUUGGAGGGUCGUUUCGGACAUACAGCCACUCUUUAUAAACAACAAUUGAUAAUUUAUGGAGGAGAGAAAAAAUACAAUAGCGCUAUGAAAAUGCGAGAGUGCUAUGGGGAUGUUCGUAUCUUUACACCAAGUGACAAAACUUGGAUCCAACUUAAACCUUAUGGAGACGUAGUAGAAGGGAGACGCAACCAUUGUGCAGAAGUAGUUGGUAAAUACUUUAUCGUUUAUGGUGGGAUCAAUUCAUAUGGCAAAGUCUUAACAGAUGUUGCAGGACUUAAUUUGGAAACUUGUAAAUGGUAAUUUAUCAAAGGUUAUGUAUAAGGACUUCCUUUUAGAUUGAGAAUUCGAGUGGAUUAGAAGGAGUCUCCGAUGCCACUUCUUUGGCCAUGUUCAAGAGCGAAGUUAAAAUGGAGAAUCCUUACUUCAGUUAUGAGUGGGUCAAAAAAAAGGGGAAGUCUUUCUUGCCCAUUACAACUGAAGGCAUCUAUGUAUUUGGAGGGAGAUUGUAAAAUGGAGAAGCUGUUAAUGAUCUUAGGAUUGUUUAGUUUGGAUUCAAACCAAUCAAAAUCACAAAAGUGAAAACAAAAGUAUUCGCAUUAUUUAAUUAGGGUUAAGCACCAUUGGCUCGAUAUUCUCAUUCAAUGAAUUACUUUAGAUAAACCAAUGUGAUCAUCAUUUAUGGAGGAAGGAAUGAUUCCAAAUAAGGAAAUAUCCUUAAUGAUAUAUUUGUAUUGCAAAUCCAAUAAUUCUCAUGGUCUUAAGUUCAAUAGAUCCAAUAAUUGUAAUCAUUUGCAUUAUUAUUAGAAAACAUGGCAAAUGUAGGCAUUCAAGUGUCUCUAUUGAUUCUAAAAUACUUAUUUUCGGAGGCUAUGCUCAACAUGUUUUCGCCAAUGCAGAUAUUCAAUUAUUGGAAUUAGAUCAAAACAAAGUGGCCAAAAUGAUUAAAGACAAUAAAAAUAAUAAAAACAGAGAUGUCGUUAUUCAUAGCGAUGAAUUAGUUAAUAACAACACUCUCAAAGUCUUUAAGACCGAAUACUACAAUGAAGCUGAAGAUCCAGAUCUUAAACAAAAGAAAAUCUAAGAAAAUGAAUUCCAAAGAUUGUGUUAUAGCAAUUUCAAAAGUUUUAUGCCUCUGCCUCAAUAAAACCAUUCAUCGUUGGUUAAUGAAUACAAAAACAAAAGAGAAUAAGCUAAAUUAGAAAUUCUCAAGAACUAAUUUAAUGAUCUAAGUAGAAGGAAUAGUCGUAGAACAACUAGUGAUUUUAAGAUUAUUGAGUAAUGA